AUGCAAAAUCAAAAUGCUGCCAUCAAGAAACUGGAGACACAAAUUGGUUAUCUAUUCAAGCAGCUUUCUAACCACAACUUCUGCAAUAAUAACAAAUCAAGCAAAGAGGAGGAGUGUCAAGCUAUAACACUUAGGAGUGGGAAGGAACUUAAGGAACUCUCCCAAAAACCACAAGAAGAAGACUCAACUGAAAAGGGAGAAGAGCAAGAUGGAGUUCAAACUCCCACUUCAAGUCCACAAAAAGAAAAAGGGAUGCCAAAAUUGAACAUCUCAAGAGCUCCAUAUCCUCAACAGUUGAAGAAAAAGGAAGAUGACAACCAGUUCGUGAGAUUCUUGGAAAUCUUUAAGAAACUACAAAUCAACAUACCCUUUGCUGAAGCAAUAGAACAAAUGCCACUCUAUGCCAAGUUCCUGAAGGAGCUGAUGACUAAGAAGAGAAGCUGGAAGAACAAUGAGACUGUGAUACUAACUGAAGAAUGUAGUGCUAUCAUUAAGCACAAACUACCCCAGAAGUUGAAGGAUCCUGGGAGCUUUCAGAUCCCUUGUAUUAUAGGGGAAAUCACAGUAGAGAAGGCCCUUUGUGACUUAGGAGCCAGCAUCAAUUUGAUGUCAGUAGCAAUGAUGAGGAAGAUAAAGAUUGAGGAGGCUAAACCAACAAAAAUGGCUUUACAACUGGCAGAUCGAUCGUUCGAAUUCCCUCAUGGCAUAGUAGAGGAUUUGUUGGUGAAAGUAGGAGACUUCAUAUUCCCGGCAGAUUUUGUAGUGUUGGACAUGCAGGAGGAAGCCAAAACCUCCAUUAUUCUGGGAAGGCCGUUCUUGGCUACAGCUGGAGCUAUCAUUGAUGUCCAAAAAGGUGAUCUUACCUUGAGAUUACACAAUGAAAAGAUGACAUUCAAUGUGUUCAAGGCCAUGAGUUACCCACGAGAACAAUUAGGGGAAUGCAUGAGGAUAGACGCACUUGAAGAAGAAGUGCAGGAGUGUUUUGAAGAAGAAGAGCAUGAAGAGCCUGAGAGAUCAAUGGAGGAGGAGUAUAUACCAAGUGAGGAUGUUGCAACAGCAGAGAGUCACGUUCAAGAUGCACCAAAAGAAGAGACUGAAAAGUCAGAAGCACCCAAGGUUGAACUCAAAGCAUUGCCACCCACUCUCAAAUAUGCAUACCUAGGAGAAAAUGAAAACUACCCAGUGAUUAUAAGCUCGUGCCUCAGCCAAGAUCAAGAGGAUGAACUGCUCAAGGUGUUACGGGAGCAUAAGGACGCCAUCGGAUGGACCCUUGCUGACCUGAAGGGAAUUAGUUCAGCUAUAUGCAUGCAUAAAAUACUGUUGGAAGAUGAUGCAAAACCAUCCAUUCAAUCCCAAAGGAGGCUGAACCCAAUCAUGAAGGAAGUGGUACAGAAAGAGGCUAUGAAGCUUUGGCAAAGAGGAGUAAUAUACCCGAUCUCAGACAGCCCUUGGGUCAGCCCCGUGCAUGUUGUGCCCAAGAAGGGAGGAAUCACUGUGGUUCCCAAUGAGAGGAACGAACUGAUACCUACAAGGACUGUCACAGGAUGGCGGAUGUGCAUUGACUAUCGGAAACUCAACGAAGCUACACGAAAGGAUAAUUUCCCUCUCCCAUUCAUGGAUCAGAUGUUGGAAAGACUCGCAGGACAUGCUUAUUACUGUUUCCUUGAUGAUACACCAUUCAUCUUCGAUGAAACCUGCAUAUCGGCAUUCGAGCAUUUGAAAGAAAGAUUGUCCUCUGCCCCUAUCAUCUCCCCACCUGAUUGGAACUUACCCUUUGAAUUGAUGUGUGAUGCAUCUGACUUUGCAGUAGGGGCAGUGUUAGGGCAAAGGAAAAAUAACUUAGUCCAUGUGAUAUACUAUGCUAGUAAGGUCCUCAAUGAUGCUCAAAGAAAUUAUACCACUACUGAAAAGGAAUUGCUAGCCAUAGUUUUUGCAUUUGACAAGUUUAGAUCGUACCUCAUUGGUGCUAAAGAGUUUGAUAUUGAAAUCAGAGACAAGAAGGGAGUGGAGAACAAGGUGGCAGAUCACCUAUCCAGGAUUCCUCAUGAGGAAGGGGGAACGCAUGAUAUGAGUGUGAACGAGCUCUUCCCUGAUGAGCAAUUGAUGAUAGUGAACAAAGCUCCAUGGUUUGCAGACAUUGCUAACUUAAAGACAACUGGGGCUCUACCUCCAGGGAUCAAUAAACAUCAAAAGAGGAAGCUCAUGAAUGAUGCAAAAUACUUUGUCUGGGACGAGCCUUAUCUCUUCAAGAAGUGUUUAGAUGGAAUCCUUAGAAGAUGUGUUUCAGAAGAGGAAGGACGAGAAGUACUAUGGAAUUGCCACGGCUCAUGCUACGGAGGCCACUUUGGAGGGGAUAGGACUGCAGCAAAGGUGUUACAAAGUGGAUUCUUUUGGCCCACCCUUUUCAAGGAUGCCAAAGAAUUGGUAAGGAGUUGCAAUGAAUGCCAAAGAUCUGGGAACUUGCCCAAAAGAAAUGCCAUGCCACAGAAUUUUAUUUUGGAACUGGAAGUAUUUGAUGUGUGGGGAAUAGAUUUCAUGGGACCAUUCCUAACCUCAUAUGCAAAUAAGUACAUCUUGGUAGCAAUGGAUUAUGUGUCCAAAUGGGUAGAGGCCACUGCAACCCCAACAAAUGACAACAAAGUGGUCAUGAACUUCCUCAGGAAGAAUAUUUUCAGCCGGUUCGGAGUCCCAAGAGCCCUCAUCAGUGAUGGAGGGAGCCAUUUUUGUAACAAACCACUAGAGACUCUCCUUCUACGAUAUGGGGUGAAACACAAGGUAGCCACACCUUACCAUCCCCAAACAAGUGGACAAACGGAGAUAUCCAACAGAGAGCUAAAGAGAAUUCUGGAGAAGACGGUAGAAUUGGAACACAAAGCUCUCUGGGCCAUCAAGAUACUAAACUUUGAUAGCAUUGCUGCUGGUGCAAAGAGGAUCUUGCAACUGCAAGAGAUGGAGGAAUUCAGGUCACAAGCCUAUUAA